GAGCAGCAGGGCUAGGCUAGCGGAAGAAGCUAACCGUGUUUGUGUGGCCGUGGGUCUGUUAUUGCUGGAGUAAACCCGAUCGGUCUCUCGCAGGGCUCACGGGUAAGAUCGAUGAAGGCUGAAGGGGGACGGGUGUGAACCGGGCAGGAAUGCGCGCGGAGACGCGGUGAAGGGACCCGGAAGCGACGGAGGCUUUUGUUCGACCCGAGGACAAUACACUCUUCAGCUCCAGCAUCGAGCUAACGUGUCCCCGGGCUCUUGUUCGUGUGUUCCCGCAGCUUCUGGGGGACAGCCGUCAGAGAUGAGGAGCUGACGGGGACCAACGCAUGAAGAUCGCUUCGUCGAUGUAAACACGGUCUGAUGAUGCGUGUAGCGUAGCGAUCGGUGUGUGUGUGUGUGUGUGUGUGUAUCAGAUGAUGUCUCAGCUCGGUGAGUUCGUGGCUCCUCCGGAGUGUCCGGUGUUCGAGCCCAGCUGGCAGGACUUCAGCGACCCGUUCGGUUUUAUCCACAAGAUCCGAGACAUCGCAGAAAACACGGGCAUCUGCAAGAUCAGACCCCCGACGGGCUGGCAGCCUCCAUUUGCCUGUGACGUGCGCAGUUUCCGCUUCACUCCACGCAUCCAGCGGCUCAAUGAGCUGGAGGCCCUCACCAGAGUCAAGCUCAACUUCCUGGACCAGAUCUCCAAGUUCUGGGAGCUUCAGGGCUGCAAGCUGCGCUUUCCUCACGUGGAGAGAAGAGUGCUGGACCUGUACCUGCUGAGCAAGCUGGUGUGUGCAGAGGGAGGGUUCGAGCGGGUGUGUAAGGAGAAGCGCUGGUCCAGGAUCAGCAGUCGGAUGGGUUUUCCGGCUGGGAAAGGUGUGGGAUCGUUGCUGCGCUCUCACUUCGAGCGGAUCCUGUAUCCUUACGAGGUCUUCCAGUCCGGAGCGUCUCUGACGGGCGUCGUCCACAGGCUUUACCCAGAAGCCUCUGAUGCUGAGGAUGAAGGGAUAGGAGGAACAGAGGAAGAGGCUGUAGAGGAGAAUGACGAGAAGGAGAGACGGCCGGAGCGACGUUCCCCUCGACAGCUGAAGGACGAGAGGGAAAACACAGAGCCCAAAGCCAUACAGGUGUUUGGCGGGUGCCUGGACAUCAUGGCAGCGGAUGACGAUGGCUUCCUCAGGAAACAGAAGCACAUGAAGGCUCAGGCUUUUGCUUUUAAAAUGCGUCCACGCAAGGAGGUGCUGGAGGUUAAUUAUAUCGACCUGUACAUGUGCAUGGCGUGUGGGCGGGGUGACGAGGAGGACCGCCUCCUGCUGUGUGAUGGCUGCGACGACAGCUACCACACCUUCUGCCUCAUCCCGCCGCUGCAGGACGUGCCCAAAGGAGACUGGCGCUGCCCCAAGUGUGUGGCGGAGGAGUGCAGCAAGCCUCGGGAGGCGUUCGGCUUCGAGCAGGCCGUGCGCGAGUACACACUCCAGAGCUUCGGUGAGAUGGCCGACCACUUCAAGUCCGACUACUUCAACAUGCCCGUUCACAUGGUGCCGACAGAGCUGGUGGAGAAGGAGUUCUGGCGUCUGGUCAGCAGCAUCGAGGAGGACGUGAUCGUGGAGUAUGGUGCUGACAUCAGCUCCAAGGACGUGGGCAGUGGAUUCCCAGUGCGGGACGGCAAGAGGAAGCUCAUCGGCGACGAGGACGAAUAUGCAAACUCGGGCUGGAACCUGAACAACCUGCCGGUGCUGGAGCAGUCGGUGCUGACGCACAUCAGCGGAGACAUCAGCGGCAUGAAGCUGCCCUGGCUCUACGUGGGCAUGUGCUUCUCCUCCUUCUGCUGGCACAUCGAGGACCACUGGAGCUACUCCAUCAACUUCCUACACUGGGGCGAGCCCAAGACGUGGUACGGGGUCCCAGCACACGCCGCAGAGCAGCUGGAGACGGUCAUGAAGACGGUGGCUCCGGAGCUGUUCGACUCGCAGCCGGAUCUCCUGCACCAGCUCGUCACCCUGAUGAACCCCAACCUCCUGAUGGAGCACGGCGUCCCGGUGUACCGGACCAACCAGUGCGCGGGGGAGUUCGUGGUCACCUUCCCCAGAGCCUAUCACAGCGGCUUCAACCAGGGCUACAACUUUGCUGAAGCCGUGAACUUCUGCACUGCAGACUGGCUGCCCAUCGGGAGGCAGUGUGUGGCGCAUUACCGGCGCCUGCAGCGCUACUGCGUGUUCUCGCACGAGGAGCUGGUGUGCAAGAUGGCCGCCGACCCCGAGAGCCUGGACGUGGAGCUGGCGGCGGCCGUGGUGCGAGAGCUCAGCGACAUGAUGGAGGAGGAGAGCCGGCUGAGAGACGCCGUGCAGGAGAUGGGGGUGCUGUCCUCGGAGCAGGAGGUGUUUGAGCUGGUGCCGGACGACGAGCGACAGUGCUGGAAGUGUAAGACCACCUGCUUCCUGUCAGCACUCACCUGUGUGUGCAGCCCUCAGCGCCUGGUGUGUCUGCGUCACGCCGCUCACCUGUGCAGCUGCUCCGCCCGAGACAAGUGCCUGCGGUUCAGGUACCACCAGGACGAGUUCCCUGCGAUGCUGUACGGGGUGAAGUCACGAGCGCAGUCCUACGACACCUGGGCCAGGAGGGUCUCCGAGGCGCUGGCGGCCGAUAGCAGGAGCAAGAAAGAUCUGAUCGAGCUGAAGGUGCUGAUGGAGGACGCGGAGGACAGGAAGUACCCAGAGAACAACUUCCUGUUCCGCAGCCUGAGGGACACGGUGAAGGAGGCAGAGACUUGCUCGUCUGUGGCUCAGCUGCUGCUCAGCAACAAGCACAGGCACAGGAAGGAGCGUCCUGACAGCAGUGCACAGAAGGCACGCAGCAAGCUGACGGUGGAGGAGCUGAAGGUGUUUGUGGAGCAGCUGUACCGCCUGCCCUGCGUCAUCAGCCAGGCCCGACAGGUCAAGGAUCUGCUGGAGAGCGUGCAGGGCUUCCACGAGCGGGCGCAGGCGGCGCUGGCGGACCGCACGCCGGACUCCGGGAAGCUGGCGGCUCUGCUGGCCCUGGGCUCGGGGCUGGACCUGGAGCUGCCGGAGCUGCCGCGGCUGGAGCAGGAGCUGACCCAGGCGCGCUGGCUGGACGAGGUGCGGCUGACGCUAGCGGAGCCGUCGCGCCUCACGCUGGAGCUGAUGAAGCGGCUCAUCGACUCCGGAGUGGGCCUGGCGCCGCACCACGCCGUGGAGAAGGCCAUGGCCGAGCUGCAGGAGCUGCUGACGGUGUCCGAGCACUGGGAGGAGCGGGCGCGCGCCUGUCUGCAGGCCAGGCCUCGCCACAGCCUGCAGACGCUGGAGAGCAUCGUGACGGAGGCCAGGAACAUCCCAGCGCACCUGCCCAACGUCCUGGCCCUCAGAGACGCCCUGCUCAGAGCCAAGGAGUGGACGGCCCGAGUGGAGGCCAUUCAGAAUGGCAGCAGCUAUGCCUACCUGGAGCAGCUGGAGGGUCUUCUGGCUCGAGGUCGCUCUAUCCCGGUGAGGCUGGAGGCGCUACCCCAGGUGGAGGCACAGGUCGGGUCAGCCCGAGCCUGGAGAGAGAGGACCGCUCGCACCUUCCUGAAGAAGAACUCUACACACACCCUACUGCAGGUACUCAGCCCGCGAGUGGACGUCGGCGUGUACGGCUCCAGCAAGAGCAAGCGCAAGCGUGUGAAGGAACUGCUGGAGAAGGAGCGCGCAGGCCUGGAUCUGGAGGGGGCGAGCGACCCGGAGGAGGGCCUGGAGGAGGUGCGCGAUCCCGCCGCCGUCGUGGCCGCCUUCAAGGCCCGCGAGCAGCAGGAGGUGCAGGCCAUCCACUCGCUGCGUGCCGCUAACCUGGCCAAGAUGGCCCUGCUGGAGCGCACGGAGGAGGCCAAGUUCUGCCUGUGCCGCAAGCCAGCCGGCGGCUUCAUGCUGCAGUGUGAGCUGUGCAAGGACUGGUUCCACGGCGCCUGCGUGCCCCUGCCCAAAGCCGGCUCGCAGAAGAGGCUGGCGGCCAGCAAGGAGGCAAAGUUCUUGUGCCCGCUAUGCCAGCGUUCGCGCCGGCCCCGGCUGGAGACCAUCCUGGCGCUGCUGGUGUCUCUGCAGAAGCUGCCAGUGCGGCUGCCGGAGGGCGAGGCGCUGCAGUGCCUGACGGAGAGAGCCAUGGGCUGGCAGGACCGCGCUCGACAGGCCCUGGCCACAGAAGAGCUGUCCUCCGCCCUGGCCAAGCUCUCGGUGCUCAGCCAGCGCAUGGUGGAGCUGGCCGCGCGCGAGAAGACUGAGAAGAUCAUCACGGCUGAGCUGCAGAAGGCGGCCGCCAACCCCGACCUGCAGGGCCACAUUCAGACCUUCCAGCAGGCCGGCUUCAGCAGGGCCACGUCUCCACGGCCCUCGGGGGACUACGACGAUGAGGAGACCGACUCCGACGAGGACAUCAGAGAGACCUACGGCUAUGACGUCAAGGACUCGGGAGAGGUGAAGCCGUACUUGUUCUGCGAUGAGGAGAUCCCAGUAAAGUCUGAGGAGGUGGUGAGCCACAUGUGGCCGACGACCCCGUCAUUCUGUGCCGAGCACGCAUACUCCUCCGCCUCGAAGUCUGUUCCUCAGAACCCAGCCGGCUCCCGCAAGCAGCCGAGGAAGACCCCGCUUGUUCCCCGUAGCCUGGAGCCCCCGGUGCUGGAGCUGUCCCCGCCGGCCACACUGCAGCUGGAGGAGCUGAUGAUGGAGGGCGACCUGCUGGAGGUGUCGCUCGACGAGACCCAGCACAUCUGGAGGAUCCUGCAGGCCACGCACCCGCCCGCAGAGGACCGGUUCCUGCAGGCCAUGGAGCCCGAGGACUCGGUGCUGGACAAGCCCGUGAAGCUGAAGCUGAAGGACGUGGAGAAGAAGAGGAAGAGGAAGCUGGAGCGAGCGGAGCAGCAGCUGCUGAUGGAGGCCCGGCCCAAACCCAGGGUCCUGGAGCUCAAGCCCAGGAAGAAGAGGCUGAAGCUGAGCCCGGACCGGUCCCGCGAGCUGAAGGCACUGGCCAAGCGGAUCGCCAAGCAGGAGAAGGAGCGCAAGAGGAAGGAGAAGGCGGCCGCUCGGGAGGAGGCGCUGGAGAAGAAGACCCAGACCCAGACUCGCAAGAUCCUGGACAUUCCCUCCAAGUACGACUGGUCCGGAGCAGAGGACUCCAACGACGAGAAUGCCGUGUGCUCCGCCAGCAGCUGCCAGAGGCCCUGUAGGGACAAGGUGGACUGGGUCCAGUGUGACGGCGGCUGUGACGAGUGGUUUCAUCAGGUGUGUGUGGGAGUGACGUGUGAGAUGGCGGAGAACGAGGACUACAUCUGCUCGACCUGCUCGUUUAAAGCCUCCGGUGGUGCCGUGACCCUAGUGAUGUCAUCAGCAGUCCCCCAAAGCGACCCUCAGGAGGCCAGUUAACCACACACACAUUACACAGAAGCCCGCUAACCCCCCACACACUCUCACACACACAGAAGAACAUUACUUCGUGUCUCUGCUAGGUUUAGCUGGUUGUUAUUGUAGUGCUAGAGGAUCAAGACUCUACUGAAUAAACAAGGCUUGGGGAAUCGUGUUCUUAAGCCUCAGUCACAGUAGGCAUAGUGGACUUCCUGUUUGACCAGACCACACACACACACACACGGUGUGGAGGAUCAAGACUACAGAAUAAACAUGUGCUUUCCGGGUCCUGACCCGAUUCCAGUGGACUUCUGUUCGACCGGGUUUUAUGACUGAGGACGGGAUUUAUAAUGGUUGUAUUUCCUCUAUUUAUUCUUAAAAUGGAUUUUAAGCAGUUCAUGAUGGGAAGGUGGAUGGUGGUUUCUCAGAUUCUGUCAAAUAAAGAAAGAUGAUUGAUUGAUGAUGAUACAUGGCAAGUCUGUGUCACUGCUAUAAAAGAGCAAAAAUAAAUGUUUAUAUAAUUUGA